UUACGGCCUUCGUUUGCCGUGAGGUGUGUACUUACUGGGUAGAUAAUCAACAUGCGAUAAGAUAAAAUUGUUUUCCUGACAAACAAACAAAAAAAGACAAAAGAGUUUAUUUAGUUUCGGUUAAAUAAGAGUGAGAAAAGAUAUCUAGAAGAUACAAUCUCGAUUCACGGGGCAUCAAGUUAGAAUUUUUAAAGUAACAUUUGCAUUUAUUGCUCGUUUUCAUUUGUCUGCAACAAAUAUGUCUGACAAUUCCGUGCAGUAUGUUGAUGGCAUUCCGAUCCCUGCUAUGUUUCCAGCUGAUAAAUUCCGUUCCGCACUUACAUACAAACCAAAUCCAAACGAUCUUUUCCUCGUGACCUAUCCUAAGUGUGGAACAACAUGGACAAGCCUAAUACUUCUACUUCUAUUCCAGAAAGGAGAAAAACUGAAAGACAUGGAAAAGUCACCCUUUUUAGAAAUGGCAGG